AGAUCUUUUGCGAAGAAUACGACCUGCGUCGAAGAAGGUAUUAAGCGGGCGACUAAUUUGUGAUCGGUUUUUUGCCAGCAACUACUGACUUUACAGAGCUCACAUUUAAAUGGUGUAGUAUAGAAUGAGGCUCUGGACUGAUAAAAAGUUUGUUUAAUAAUUUAUUUUUAUUAUUUUUGGUUUGGUUAUCAUUAUACUUUUCCUAUCAGUCACUUAAACAGUCUGGCAGGGCUAAGCUGAACGUGAUUUUGUUGUGUUUUUAUUUUUUCAAAAACUGAUUAUGGUGUUAUCGUGGUGUAAAAACAUGUUCAAAAAACGGUUUGGUCCAGCAAAAUGAAGCUACCAGUCAGGGUAUCAUCAUCGCGUCAGAGCAACACCAGGAGCAAAAGCAACAUUAAUAACAACAAUAAAAGUGAUAAGUAUAUACUCAGGAAAAACAAUAACAAUAACAAUGGCAAUAAGGCAAACAAUAACAACACCAUCACCAACCAGUCUCCUUCGACCAAUGCCAUUAGUCAGCUUGGAGGGGAAAUGAACAACAACGGCGAAGGAUCAAUUCAACAACAUUCCAACACACACACCCUCAAUCACCGAUCAUUGUCGUCGUCAUCGUCAUCGUCGCCAUCCUCUUCGGUUUCGGUUUCGGCUUCGGCAACAUCAUCCUCAUCAUCGACACCAACGCCAACGCCACCGCUGCCGCAGGCAUUUAACAACGUGACAGCAGAGGCAGUUGAACAAAAACAUAUAACAACCACCAAAACAUCAUCAGCAGCGGCGUCCAUGACAGCCACAGCCACAUUAACUAUGUCUAACCCGACACCAACUACGACGAUCAUAUCAGUUGCCAGCGAAACAUCAAACCAAACAGUUUUAUGCUGCAAAACAGAGCCGGAUUUAGACGACGAAGCAGCAACCUUAUCUUCGACGAAUUCAAACACAGUAGUGUCAAAAAGUAUCUUAUCACCUUCGGUAGUGAGUGCAAGUGGUAGUUGUAGUGUUAGCGUGUUAUCUAAUUUACCUACGUCGUCAUCAACGUCAGCGUCAUUAUCAACAAUUGUGGCGCCCAUCAGUUCUUCCAUAUCAGUGCCAGUUAUUGAACAUUCACGAAAAGAUAUCAAUGACAGUUCUUCUAACGUCACUAAUAAUAACAACAAUGUCAUAUUGAGAUUAAAUAACAGUAAUAAUAGUGAAAGUAAUGAAAAUAUAAUUCUCCUACCAGCCGGUAAUGAACAUUUGACAGAUAGUGGUGCUAGUGUCGCUAUUACUAAUCAAAACCUUCCGAGUGGUUAUCGUGGUUCAAAUAAUACAGUUAUAAUAUCGAGUAAUCGUUUGCAGCAACAAUUAGAACAUUCCCAAGCGACAUUGCAAUACGCCGCCGAUUUACAGCAACAAUAUCAAAGUAGAUACACGGCUAUCUCCCCGGCGGCGAUCGUGGCAAAUUUGAACGAUCACAGUGAUCCAUAUUUGAGCUUGAGCAACAGUAACAAUAACAGCAUAUCUAUGCCCCCGUACAAUUGGGCAUACGACUUGUCCCUGCAUCACAAGGAUUCCGAGAGUAGCAAGCUGAUUGCUGAUCAACACCAUCACCAGCAGCAGCAGCAACAUCAGCAUCAGCACCAACCCCACCAGCAUCUCCAACAUACUCAGGAUAUUCUGCUGACGGCAGCGAAUCACACAACGCUCGAUCAAUUGAACAUGCGGAGCAAUUUAGCCCUCUACUCGUCCUUUGGCGGUAGUGUGACGGAUCAUUUGCAUGCCACAACGGCAUCAACAAUAGGGGACAAUGCCCCCAAUAACAUAGACGAAGUCAUUCAGGACACUCUGAAGGACGAGACCUGUUCGAUGGUGGACGAACAUCACAUGGGUGGCGGAGGAGAAAGUGGUGGCGAGACAACGAGCUAUCUGACUUUGACCAGUGGCGGAGAAUUACAUCAACAUCAUCACCAUCACCACAAUCACAAUCAACACGAUCACCACGAUCAGCAGCAACACCAUCAUCACCAUCACCAUCAGCACAACAAUGGCGCCAAUAGCGGCGGUGAAUCGCCCAAUGACAGCGAUGUCGAUAUGCAGAACAAUUAUACGCAGCUUACGAAUGCUUCGCAUCGUGAUAGUAUCUAUGGCAGUGUCACACCUGAACACAGCCUAAUUCAUCCCGUGAACGAUUUUGAUUCGCUAAGUCCAAGUUUGACUUCGAGUUCAGUCUACGCAAGACCAUUAAUAACGUCGGCUGCCAAUGGUAUGCAAUAUCUGAACGGAAGUCCAACUCAUGACGGAUCGCAUAUGUGGUCAAGCACAUCAUCAAAUCUGAUAGUGCCACCAUCAGGUGGCAAUACAGUUGCUAAUACAACUCCAGUCGAUGAAUACGGUUCAACGAAAAAUAAUCUUGGUGGAACCUUACCUGCAUUCCAGAAAUUAACCUCCACAACAAGUGGAAACGGUCAUUUUUGCACUUCAGCUGCUGUUCGCGGAGCAAAUCAAUAUACAGCCUUAACUAGCUAUAGGGCUCAGAAUGAAUCCGGCUGGCAAGGACAAUAUGAACAGGGUACCGCAAUUAGUUAUGCCACGACACCGUCCACCAUCAGUGGUGUCAUUUCAAAUUCAAAUUCCCGUGGACGAACCACAAAUGAUUCAACAACACAUCUAUCAGCAUCGGCUUCGUUAUCUGCAACAUUUUUCGAUGCCGAUUUUAUCACUGAGGGGCGUGAAUGUGUCAAUUGUGGUGCCGUAUCAACCCCAUUAUGGCGUCGUGAUAAUACCGGACACUAUCUAUGCAAUGCAUGCGGUCUCUAUCAUAAAAUGAACGGAAUGAAUCGGCCCUUAGUUAAACAACCUAGAAGAUUGAGCGCAUCACGUCGUCAGGGAUUAUCUUGUUCUAAUUGCCAUACCUCACAAACAUCUUUAUGGCGACGUAAUCCGAAUGGAGAGCCAGUUUGUAAUGCCUGCGGUCUUUACUUUAAAUUGCAUAGUGUUAAGAGGCCUUUAACUAUGAAAAAAGAUACAAUUCAGACACGCAAAAGAAAACCAAAGGGAUCUAAGGCUGCUGAUAAAUCAUCAUCUUCGAACAAUAAUAACUCCAAAAAUUCGAACAACAAUUCAAAUAUUAUUCAGGAUAGUAAAGCUGAAUUACAAAAUCUAACAUCAACGAUUCAACACACUUCUCACUCGAAUGUCAGCAGUCCAAAUACCUUAACCCCUCCACCGACAGCAUUGGCCCAUCAUACAUCAACUACCUCAUCGGCUUCGUCAAACCAUCAGGACAUUAUGCAUGGCACUCCAUCGCCACCAAUUAACCACCAUGACAAUAUGUCACCAAUGCAUUACAGCACGCCACUCUCCGUGCUAAAUACUUCGACAUCAUCGCUUGUCAAUAACAACAACACCACAAGUCAAAACAACAAUAACAACGUCCUAAGCCCGAACAUUAAAUACAAUCUACAAAAGUAUCUAGCAAUAAACUCAGAUCCUCAACAUCAACUCCAACAACAAUUGCAACAUCAAAUCUUUGAAAUGUCACCAUCGCCAAGUGACCAACAACACCAUGGUUAUAGCUCUACAGAGUCACCUAGCUAUUUUUACGAUCAUCUGUCCGGCGGCGGAAGUGGCGGCGGCGGCGGCGUAGAGCAUGACACGAACUUAAUUAAGAUUGAAAACCUUCACCUGCAUCAUCAUCAGCAACACCAACAACAACAACAUCACCAAGCGUCUCAAAUCAUCCAACAAGCCAUCAGUCGAAGUCCGUCGGUUGAGGAUGAAUACGAGAUGCAUCAGCAACGUCAGCACCAGCAACUUCAACAUCAUCAGCACAUAAUUCAAUUGUCACAGAUGAAUUCAUUUGGUGAAUUGGAGAGAAAAUUGGAACGAACUUUAGAGCGUGGCCCGGUCGUUAAGACCGAAUAAAUGUAUUUUUGUAACCAACAAAAACAUGACAAAACAACAAAACAAACGAAAAGACUUAUGAAAUAAGUUGAAGAUCCAAAACAAAAUAAGAUUUUAAUUUAUAAAAAAUUGAAUUAAAAAAAACUUCGAUAUUAUUAUUAAUUAUUUGCCUUUUAAUCUAAUUCUAUUAUAUAUUUGUAUAUAUGUAGUAUUUCUCGAAUUCUUAAGAUACAUUCCUUAAAGGGACAAAAUACAGCGAAAAAUGACAAAGAAAUUUUAGUUUUAAGAAUAAAAUAAAUAUAUUUUUAUUUUAAUAGAAAACAAUUAUUGAAAUUGUAUAAAAAAUAUUUUAUUUUCCUACAAAAAAAAAACAGAAAACAAAACCAAAC